AUGUCGACGACUCAGACGAUCCAGAUCACCAAGGCUGUCGCUUCCCAGCCCCUCAUCGAUGGCUUCCCUGGCGGACAACUGCUCGAUUUUGCCGCCUUUCCCUCGUCGAGUGGUCCCGCAACGGCAGGCGUCUACCGCAACCUCGGGAACGUCCCCCAGUUCGACGUUGCAGGCUAUCCCGAGGACGAGUUCAAGUACGUGAUCGACGGCGAGAUGGCUGUCGUGCAGGGCGGCAAAGAGAUGGUCGCGCUCGCGGGCGACCUCGUCUACAUUCCGAAAGGAGCAGCCUUCACGGUCCUGCCGACGGUGUUCACGGCCGUCUUCUUCUCGGCACGAGCACCAGCCUUCACCAAGGCUCCUCGGUUCUCGGCACAGUUGUAG